AGCGUGGAGCCGCUGGGGGUCGCUGUGAUCAGGAGGAGGGACCCAGCUCGUGACUCGGAUAUACAACGCUUGCUUCGGCCAUGGUUCCUCCUCUUCGACUACCGCCAUAGUGGUGAGCGGAUAGCGGUCUCCGAAAUGGCGUCGCACAAGACUUUCCGAAUCAAACGCUUCCUCGCUAAGAAGCAGAAGCAGAACAGGCCGAUCCCACAGUGGAUUAGGAUGAAAACCGGCAACAAGAUCAGGUACAACUCCAAGAGGAGGCACUGGAGAAGGACCAAGCUGGGCUUGUAAACGCACGGUUCAGCUUCCCCCUCCGUCUGUUCCCUGCCAGGACCACCAACUCGUCCAGAGCUGGAGGGAAGCCAUGCUAUCUGGAACAGCAGUCUCUCUUUUGUACAGAUAUUCUGGUUAUGUCCUUGCUGAACAAUAAAAGAUUUGUCAUCGAA